AUGGAUAGGAGAGAUAUAGAAACUCACGAUUUCAUGAACGUGGAAUCUUUCUCCCAACUGCCCUUUAUUAGGCCAGCACCAACAAAAGAAAAGGCUGCAGCCAUUAGGCUUUUUGGGAAAGAAUUAGGUGGUCGUGAGGAAUCUAAAUCUGUCGAUACCAAUAACCAUAGUCAUGAUCAAGAAUCAAAAGACAGUAGUGUCAAUGUCUCCGACAACCGAAAAUUUGUAUGUAACUAUUGUUGUAGGAAUUUCCCAACUUCACAAGCAUUAGGAGGUCAUCAAAAUGCACAUAAAAGAGAACGUCAAAAUGCCAAAAGAGCUCAACUUAGUGGAAACGUUCAUGGCAAUUAUUUUCAUAGCUUUUAUGGAAGUAGUCGUCAUGUUUAUAAUGGUAGCCAUUAUUCUCAAACUCGUACUAUAAAUGGAAUUAGUCCCUUGGUCUUUUGGAGAAGUCAUUCUUCUCCUCUUUCUAAUUAUGCUCGUGACCGUUACAAGAUGAUAGAUCCAUUGCCAAUGUAUGUUAAUGGAAAUUUGAAGACCAAUAGCAGCUCGAUUUCUCUAAGCCGAUUUGGGUAUGAACUGAAGGAAGGAGUUCAAGAUCAUGUGAGUUUAGAUCUACACUUGUAA